AUGGGUCAUUGCUGCAGCAAAAACACUGCAGUCGACACCGAUACCGUCGCAACCGAUCACAACCUCAAAUCAUCUAACCACGAUGUAUCACAAACUUCCCACCCUGCCGGAAACUCAGUCUCCGGCGUCAGUGAUGCUACUCCGGGGAGACAAACCCCCGCGACAUCGUUUUCCACUAGUCCUUUCAAUAGUCCUCUUCCCGCAGGUGUGGCGCCGUCACCGGCUGCCAGGACUCCGGGGAGGAAAUUCAGGUGGCCGCUUCCUCCUCCAUCUCCCGCAAAGCCGAUAAUGGCGGCUUUGCUACGGAGGCAGGGGAAGACGAAACCGAAAGACGGACCGAUACCUGAGGAGCAAGGGGAGAGUGGUGAAGGAGAGAGGACGUUGGAUAAGAGCUUUGGAUAUGGGAAGAAUUUUGGGGCGAAAUUUGAGCUUGGGAAGGAAGUUGGUCGAGGGCAUUUUGGUCAUACUUGUUGGGCUAAAGGUAAGAAAGGUGAACUCAAAGGAGUAUCAGUGGCGGUGAAAAUCAUAACCAAAGCUAAGAUGACUUCGGCAAUAGCAAUUGAAGACGUGAGAAGGGAGGUGAAAAUGUUGAAAGCCUUGUCCGGACACAGGAAUUUGGUCAAGUUUUAUGAAGCAUUUGAGGAUGUGAAUAAUGUCUACAUUGUGAUGGAGUUAUGCGAGGGUGGAGAAUUACUGGACAGAAUUCUAGAUAGAGGUGGAAGAUACCCAGAGGAGGAUGCCAAAGUUAUUCUUCUACAAAUUCUGAAUGUAGUUGCCUUUUGUCAUCUUCAAGGAGUUGUUCAUCGCGAUCUAAAACCAGAGAAUUUUCUUUUUCUCUCAAAAGAUGAGGAUGCUGUUCUGAAAGUUAUUGAUUUUGGUCUAUCUGAUUUUGUUCGGCCAGAUCAACGCCUUAAUGAUAUUGUUGGUAGUGCCUAUUAUGUUGCACCUGAAGUGCUCCAUAGAUCUUACAGUGUUGAAGGAGACUUAUGGAGUAUUGGAGUUAUAUCGUACAUAUUGUUAUGUGGAAGUAGACCGUUUUGGGCACGGACUGAAUCAGGAAUCUUCCGGUCUGUGUUAAGAGCAAACCCUAACUUUGAUGAUUCACCUUGGCCAUCAAUAUCACCAGAAGCCAAAGACUUUGUGAAGAGACUUUUGAACAAGGACCAUCGGAAAAGGAUGACAGCUGCUCAAGCUCUAUCUCACCCAUGGUUGAAAAAUGAAGGAAAUGCCAUUCCUUUAGAUAUUCUAAUUUACAAGUUAGUCAAGUCAUACGUGCGUGCCUCGCCUUUGAAACGUUCGGCAUUGAAGGCUCUCUCAAACGCUUUACCAGAGGACGAGGUUACCUACCUUAAAGCACAAUUUAGCCUCUUGGAACCUAAAGAUGGUUGCAUUUCACUUGAGAAUUUCAGAGUUGCUCUCAUGAAAAAUGCAACUGAUGCCAUGAGGGAAGCAAGGGUCCCUGACAUUCUAAAUUUGAUGGAUCCACUCUCCUAUAAAAAACUGGAUUUCGAAGAGUUUUGCGCUGCCGCAAUCAGUGUAUACCAGCUUGAAGUUCAUCCAGAAUGGGAUAAAAUUUCCACCACAGCGUUUGAUUAUUUUGACGAGGCAGGGAACCGUGUCAUUUCACUCGAGGAGUUAGCACAGGAGAUGAAUUUGGGUCCUUCAGCUUACUCUUUAAUGGGUGACUGGAUCAGAAAAUCUGACGGAAAACUCAGCUUGGUCGGUUAUACAAAGUAUUUGCAUGGUGUCACAAUUCGUAGUACAAAUACAAGACACAGAUAG